UGAAGGGAAAGUUCACAACUAGAAACGAGGUGCAGGUACCCUGGGCAAGACGCUUGCUUCCCCACAGAGGGGACCAAGAAUGUGGCAUCCAGGACCUGACACUUAGGUGGGUGACUCAGUCCCAUGGCCUGCAGUGCUUGGAUGUGAACACUCAUUUUACAUAUCAGGAAACAGAAUAGGACGCAAUCGUGAGCCUGGUGUUCUGGACCAUACCCUCACUCUGCCAGCUCCCUGCUAACUUGCUCAGCACCUGAGGCGGUCCUUUGCCCAGGGUCUUUGGGCUACACCCUUCCCCUCCAUACUGGGUACAGCCCUGCUGAUGUCAGUGUGUUUAAGUCAUUGCCAGGGAUACCUGGCUUGCAGGUGACUGCCUUGCACUGGGAACUUGGGAUGGGCCCUGGAGGAACGUGGGACAGGCACCCUGUCUACAGCCAGGAAGCCAUUCCUAGGCUGGCUUUUACCAUUGUGUUUCUGCAUGCAUUCCCACCCUGCCAUGGCGGGGAUGGUCACUGACUGGAGGGUUCUGGGUGCUUUUUCCUGUGAGUGGUGGGUGGAGCCUCAUGCCUUUCCUCAUUUUCUAGCCUGAUAGUGACAGGUGAGGUUGAGGGUGGUGAUUGAGUGUGGGGUCCCAGGUCACUGCUGGGAUUGCUGAACAAAGGGAUGAAUGCAUGCAGUGUGUGUAUGGGGAAUCCCACCCACCUAGAGCCCUACACUGGACUGGAGCUGGCACCAGCAGUGGGUUGGUCUGCUCCUUGAGUCCUGGAACUCCACAGCUUCACAGGGCAUGUAGCCCCCCCUCUUCCCUGGGGCAGAGAAACUAACCAGGAACAGCCCCCAAAGCUGCAUUGAUUACCUUAAAGCACAUGGCCUUUCCCUGCUGGCAGGGGCUGAUACUUUCCUUCUCUCUAGCUUUGGUAGUGACAAGGCUGAGAGUGGUGAUUCUGAGUGGAAUCAGGUUGGAAGUGUUGGGGAACCCCCCCUCUGCAAUGGGAGGGCAAGUAAGCUGGUUUCUGUCACAAGGCAGAGUGGAGGGGCUUCCUGUUUGGCCAUAGCCGUGGCAUCUUGUCCCUUAACCAUGACCCAGUGAGGAGAUCCCAGGACAGCAUCCUAUCAGCACUUUCACACGAGGAAGUUCCACCAGUGAAUGCAGCAGCUGCAGAUCACUGCCCGUAACAACACUCCUGUGGAACUGCAGCAGGCAGGAUGAGGCAUGGUGCUCUCCCUAUAGACUUGGUUGGAGAGUGCCUGGCAGGUGAGAAUAGUCACCUUAGGCUUCCGUGGUCACUCCGGGAUGACAAGUCCUAACUGGCUGUGUGGUGGCUCCUGGCUGUCGUGGUCCACGCUGUCUCUAGAGAACCUUACCCCCCAUUUCUUGAUCUUGCUUUCCUGAUCCUGCUGGUAUGGCCCCACCUGUCUUUGGGCGCCAACCACACCUAGGAAGUGACCCAGCAGGGCCUGUUUAUUUUAGACAGGCUCUCGCUAUUGCCAGGCUGGUCUCAAGCCCCUGGCUUCAUGAGGUCCUUCCACUCCAGCCCCGCCCCGCCGCCAGUAACUACGGGACCUGGUUUUGAUCCCGUCAUUCGCAGGGCCGGUCCCAGGUGACUUGUCGAGAAAGAAUCCAGGAGGGCGGUGUUUCCUCCUGAAGGACGGAGGGGCAUCUGGAAAGAGGGUUUUGGGAAAGCACUAGAUGCUUAGCUUGGCCAUAAGCGGUCACUUUUUCUCCUCCCUUCUGGGCAAAGUGGACGCAGGGCUUGGCCGAUGGGCCGGCCAUGAGGGAAAGUUUGCUCCAGAAGCAGCUCAGGCACCCGAAAAACCCUUUCUCCAGAGUGGACACUGGGCCCCAUUUACAGGAGUUAGGGAUGAGGGGCAAUAGGUUAAACCCAAGACAGGCUUCUUUGGCCAGUAAGCAUCCUCUCUUGGCCCUAAGGAAGGGUGCGGUUCCAGUUUCUUUGUAAAGGAAAGGGCCUAGUUCUUUCUUGCUUGCGGCGCCUUUCGUGGAUCAUUAGGGAGAGAAUUUCUCAGAAAAAGGGAAAGACUGAUAGUUUUCGACUCUGACCAUCGCCCCAGUUCUGAGGCCUCUGGGCCGUGGCUUCGGACUGCCACCCGGUGGCAGCAUUCCCGCUUUAUGGCUUUGCCAUUCGCGGGUCCCCGGAGCCUUACUGCGAGCCAGGGAGGUGGGCAGCCGACACGCGGCUUCCUAGCGUCCCAGAGCGGCCCGGACGGCGCCUCGGACCCAGACAGUCGGCUGACGUCACUUCCGGAUCGGUUCCGAUUGGCGGGGCGGGAGGGCCGAACGGGCGAGGUUGGGCUGCCGUGCUGCUCGGCGGCGCUGAGGUAACAUGAUGGUCUCCUGCUCCCCGGAUGUCACCAUAUUGAUGCCGAACUUAAUGGGGACACCCAAUUGGCACAGCAACACUACAGCCCAGAACUCCUAGGUUCAAGUGAUCCUCCUGCCUCAGCCUUCUGAGUAGCUGGGACUACAAGGUUUGCCAGGCCAAAUAGUUGCAUCACAUGUAUCUAAUCCGAGAGUCUCAUGCUUCUGCACCUCAGUGACCAGCUCCUGCUCACUGCCCUCAGAAAGCCCAACCCUCAGGCAAUGGCGGCCUUGUUCCUGUCUGCCCCACCCCAGGCCGAGGUGACCUUCGAGGACGUGGCUGUGUACCUCUCCCAGGAGGAAUGGGGCCGCCUGGGUCCUGCUCAGAGGGGCCUCUACAGGGAUGUGAUGCUGGAGACCUACGGGAACCUAGUCUCACUGGGAGUAGGACCUGCAGGCCCCAAGCCUGGAGUGAUCUCGCAGUUGGAGCGAGGGGAUGAGCCCUGGGUCCUGGAUGUUCAGGGCACCUCUGGGAAAGAGCACCUGAGAGUCAACAGCCCAGCUCUUGGGACUAGAACUGAGUACAAGGAGUUGACUUCACGGGAGACAUUUGGUGAGGAAGAUCCCCAGGGAUCUGAGCCAGUAGAAGCCUGUGACCACAUCAGGAAGUCAGAGGGGAGCCUGGAAAAGCUAGUGGAGCAGAGAGGCCCCAGGGCAGUCACACUGACCAACGGGGAGAGCAGCGGGGAGUCUGGGGGAAGCCUCAGGUUGCUGUCAAGACCUGUUCCUGAUCAGAGACUUCACAAAUGUGAUAUAUGUGAGCAAAGUUUUGAACAGAGAUCAUAUCUCAACAACCAUAAGCGUGUACACAGGUCAAAAAAAACAAAUACAGUUCGUGACUCUGGGGAAAUCCUCAGUGCAAACUUAGUUGUUAAAGAAGGUCAGAGAAUUCCUACUGGGAAAAAAUUGCAUUAUUGCAGUUACUGUGGGAAAACAUUCAGGUACAGUGCCAACCUUGUCAAGCAUCAGCGGCUUCACACUGAAGAGAAGCCCUACAAAUGUGAUGAGUGUGGGAAAGCCUUCAGCCAGAGCUGCGAGUUCAUCAAUCACCGAAGGAUGCACUCAGGAGAGAUUCCCUACCGGUGUGACGAGUGUGGGAAGACAUUCACCCGGAGGCCCAACCUCAUGAAGCACCAGAGGAUUCACACUGGGGAGAAACCCUACAAGUGUGGGGAGUGUGGGAAACACUUCAGCGCCUACUCUUCCCUGAUUUAUCACCAGAGAAUCCACACUGGAGAGAAGCCCUAUAAAUGUAAUGACUGUGGGAAAGCCUUCAGUGAUGGCUCAAUCCUUAUCCGACAUCGUCGGACUCACACUGGAGAGAAGCCAUUUGAGUGCAAGGAAUGUGGCAAAGGCUUUACCCAAAGUUCUAACCUUAUCCAACAUCAGAGAAUUCACACUGGAGAGAAACCCUAUAAAUGUAAUGAAUGUGAGAAAGCUUUCAUUCAAAAAACCAAACUUGUGGAACAUCAGAGAAGCCACACUGGAGAGAAGCCCUAUGAAUGCAAUGACUGUGGCAAAGUUUUCAGCCAGAGCACACACCUCAUCCAACAUCAGAGAAUCCACACAGGAGAAAAGCCCUACAAGUGCAGCGAGUGUGGGAAGGCCUUCCACAACAGUUCCAGACUCAUUCACCACCAGAGGUUGCACCACGGAGAGAAACCCUACAAAUGCAGUGAUUGCAAGAAAGCCUUCAGCCAGAGCACUUACUUGAUUCAGCACCGGAGGAUCCACACCGGGGAGAAGCCCUACAAGUGCAGUGAGUGUGGGAAGGCUUUCCGGCACAGUUCCAACAUGUGUCAGCAUCAGCGGAUUCACCUCCGGGAGGACUUCUCCAUGUAACAGUGGAGCAGUGUCUGAGGGCAGAGUCCAGCUGAGCACUUCCUGCAUGCGCACCCGGCACCUGACUCUGCCCUUCACUUAUUAUCCACACAAUGUUUUCACAAAGUGAAAGGACAUUUCUCAUUAAACAAACCUCUUUUCUUAAAUCAAAA